AAUCGGAACAUAGCCUAAGCUGUUUCAGUAAGCGAUCGCCAUUUUCGUGAGCGUAGUUUUUUUUUUGCAUCGCUCACUCCUCUCACUUUACGACCUUUGGUGCUACUUUAACAUCUGUAAAGCUUGUGUUAUUGGGGAUCAGAAGUACCGUCAAAAUACCUUUAUCGGCAAUAACGGAUUUUAUUCCUGGCCAUCAGUAGAGCGAUACUAAAGGUGCAUUUCAACCUAGUUACCAAGUAUCGUCGUGACUUGUGUGUACCAAUUGUUUCCCGAAGUAGACUCUUGUACUACAUUUGCAAUCAUAUCUUCCCACCGAAUUACUCAUGAUAUCAACAAAAGUAUACAAACAAGGAGGUUGUUCGAGGUAGUUCGUGAGACGGUAAGGUGGCGGGAAUUUACUGAAAUAGAAUGGAAACUGAGAUCAUCUGUCUUUCCUCCGACGGCGAGGAAGACUCGCAGAAGGAAAACAAAAAGAAAGAAUGUAUAACAAAUUCUAUGGAAGUAACCACUUUUUCUGAUGAAAAAGUAGAAGUUAUAUGUAACGAUGAUGAUGAGAAAAUAGAAGGACCUAGUUUGAAACGGAAAGCAUUUGAGAUAAAUGAGAACAAAGAGAGUUGUAAUGUAGAAAAGAAACAAAAGUUAAGUGCAAAAAAGAAAAUACCUAUGGUAAUAAUUAAACCCAUAUCUGAAUUAUUUCCCAUGAUCAUCUCAGAUAAUAAGAAAACUAGUCCUCCUGUGGAAUGUGAUAAAGAUGAUGAUAAAAAACCAAAACUAAUCAUAAAAGAAAAAAAAUCAAUUUCAUACAUAAAACAUGAUAUCUUUCCUCUAUUUUUAAGUUUAUGUUUGCAAAAGUGUCCACGGAAUGAAAAGAAGGACAUGGAUAAGAUCAUAGAUAAAUUGAAAAGACGUUAUGAACAAUUAGAUUUAACUUAUGCUAGUUCAGAAAAAUUUGCUUCAUUUUUAAGUGAAAAACGGGAAGCUAUUGAGAGAGAUGACAACAGAAAAAUAUAUGUGUAUAUACAAGAAGUGAUGAAUGAAAUGAAAAAAAGCAUUAAAAAGAAAUCGUCAUCUUGGGUUACUGAAUCCUAUGAUGCAGUGCCUUCUACCUCCUACAUUACAAAUAAUGACUCAGUUAAUGAUGUAACAGAGUUGGAUUAUGAGGAUGACGAAGAGAGUAUGAAUUCAACUAUGAGUCGAAAAAGGGAACUGUUAAAAACUAUGUCAAGGUGUGAAGCAAGAAUUAAAGAAUUGGAAAAUGCAGAAGUCGACUUUGAUGAAGAUUACGAUAGCACUUACAUAAAACUUGAGCGAUAUAAAGAGAGAAUGGUAGACCUGUAUGCUAAGCUUUGUGAAAUAACAGGGGACAAUGCGGAUGCUGAACGUGCAUACCUGCGUCCAAAACAUAUAAGCACAACUGGAAUUGUUGUUGUAGAUCAAGCAAUAACAAACUUUAUUAAUCAAAAAAUUACUCAACGAAAUCAGAAGAAGAAGAAGAAAUACAAGACUGGAGCGGAAAAAAUAAUAUUUCCUGAUUGCAGGGAUAUUGUGGAGUGUAUUAAUCACUGUAAUGAAAAACAAAACUUGGGAUUGGAGAAGAGAAAAAUAGAACAGAUGGCAAAAAAAGCCUUUAAAGAAAUAGGAGAACAUUUGCAACGAAUUAGACGCAAUGAUUAUUGGGAUACGUUUUCAUUAUAUCUCGAAAAUACAGAAGAAGAUCCGGCUACAAAGAAUGAGGAAUUAGCUAAGAAACUAUCGGAAAAUCGUGUUGAGGGUGAAAAAAAAUUAUCCGCAGUUUUUGAGAAAUAUUCAAGAAAACAAGAGGAAAUGAAGGAGGAAAUUAUUCAAGAUGAUGAUAGUAUAGCUUCGGAUGAGGAAGACGAAAGUGUUUUAGACGAGGAGCUUGAGAAAGAUGAGCUAUCUGAAAUUGGUUCAGAUCUUGAGAAUAACAGUAGUGAAGAACCAGAUGUAGAAACAGAUAAAAUCGGAUUAAAAGACAAUGAAAAUGGUGUGACAAAUGUCGAUGAAGAUAUGAAUGAGAAUACUCCAAGUGACGUGGUAUCUAUAUCACAAGAUGUACAUGAAGAUGUUCCAAACAACAUUGCUAUAAAUACGAUACAAAAGGAUACUAUUAAAAGGGUUAAAAUAAUUUCUGUGGAAGAGAGUGAUGUAGUAGUCUCAAAAGUAGGAAAUAAAACUAUCCUUAGGAUUCAAAAACCAUGUACUAGCGAUGUUGGCGAAAAAAUACAAGAAGUCCCUUUAACAACGGUUUCUACAACAGAUCGUACAAAUAAUAUUACUAAGACUGAAGAAGAUCCAAAUUGCGUGGAAGUAAUAAUGGAUACUGCAAUACAGGAUACAGAUGUGAUCAAUAAGAACACACAGGUAACAAAAGAGAACGUGAAAGAGACAACAGAGGAUGUGGCAGAGAUAGAAAAUGAGAUAGUAACAAGUGAAGAGAGAGAAAUAGUAACGCAAGAAGUGACAGAUGUAGCGAUCGAAAAUGUGCCGAGUAAUCAGCAAGCGGAGGAAGAAAAAAUUCCUCUAUUGCGAGUUCGUUCCUUCGCUAAACCCCCUACAACUUGGGAAGACAACACCAAGCAAAAAGCGGACAAGACUGUCGAAAAAAAUGUAGAAAAAAAGAUAGAAAAGGAAAAAGAGGUAAUUGAUUUGACAAACGAGACACCGUCUAAACCCGUAGCCUCUAAGUGUACCAUCAAAGUCGGAAAUAAAGUGCUUCCCCUGAUAAAAAGUCAGACGGUGCUCAUUCCGGCCGGUAACAAGAACAUUAUCAGUGUUCAGAACAUUACAAACAAUUAUCUGAAGUUGAACUCACGAACGGGACAGAUCAUAACACCUGUGCGCGAUAUUCAAUCGAUAAUUUUGCCGUCCGUUCAGACCAAUAGUUUACAGAACCAGCCGCAAAACUCAAAUGCGGGAAUAUGUAGGUAUCGAAUUAUUCAACCGAAGCCGAUUUCUGUAGGGAAGAAACCAACGGCGCAGCCCGCCGUCAAGCCAACAGAUGUGCGUUCAGCCAACACGAAAAAACCUAAAUGACUCGAACAUGCGAUUGCUG